ACCUUCAAUAAUUCAUAUUUCACUCCCAAUACUCACACAAACCAUAACUGAAAUUAAACAAUAAACAUGGUGAACUUUGUGGAUGCUCAGAAGCCAUUGUUGCACUUCGUAAUGAAACUGGCCGGUGUUAUACCUCAUGCCGUCGAGAUCCAGCCAGGAACCGUAAUGAACUUCUGGGUUCCCAUUAACACCGUCAAAAACCCCAAGAAGCGCAACAAAGCCACCACCGCCCCCACCUCCAACGCCGGCGUCGUCGCCGUCGACGCCAAACCAUCCAAACCCGUGGUGGUUCUCGUGCACGGCUUCGCCGGGGAGGGGAUUCUGACGUGGCAGUUCCAGGUCGGGUGGCUGAAGAAGUAUGCCAUCUACGUGCCUGACCUCCUCUUCUUCGGCGGCUCCGUCACGGACAGCGACGACCGGUCGCCGGCUUUUCAGGCGGAGUGUUUGGGCAAGGGGCUGAGGAAGCUCGGGGUGGAGAAGUGCACGGUGGUUGGGUUUAGCUACGGCGGCAUGGUGGCGUUCAAGAUGGCGGAGCUCUUCCCGGAGAUGGUGGAGGCCUUGGUAGUCUCCGGUGCAAUAUUGGCGACCACUGAGGAUAUCAUCACCCCCACGGUUAAUAGCUUAGGAUUCUCUUCUUCCUCGGAGCUGCUAUUGCCUACCUCUGUCAAAGGUCUCAAGGCUCUUCUUAAGGUUUCUGCUUAUAGAAAACUCUGGUUCCCUAAUCGCCUUUACAAGGAUUUCCUUGAGGUGAUGUAUGGCAACAGGAAGGAAAGGAGUGAACUGCUAGAAGGCUUGGUAGUUAGCAACAAAGAUAUUACUAUCCCAGCUUUUCCCCAGGUAGUCAACUACCUUUUUCUAUGGUCCCGAUAUAUCAACAUCAGUGUCAAUAAUAUUGAGUUGUUAAUACAACACACCAAAAAAUAGUAUAUAUAACUAUACAUGAUAUUAUUGACAUCAGUGCUAAUUGACACUAUAGGAAAAAUAUUCCAAUGUCUAUAUCCAAAAU